GAAGGGCGUACCCGCGCGACAAGGAGGACGGGGGGCGAGCGACGAAGAUUCCAUGGCGGCCAGUUACCCGUAUGGACAGGGCUUCCCUGGAAAUGCAGGACAGGCUCCAGGAGCUCCUCAAGGCAGCUAUCCUGGUGGACAGUAUGGAGGUGGACUGCCUUCCGGGGGAUCAUAUGGGAGCCCAGCACCUGGAGGCCCAUAUGGACCACCGCCACCCAGUGGAGGACCCUAUGGAUACCCUUCCUCUGGCCCUCCGGGUGGAAUGUAUGGGGGUGGCCCAGUCCCAGGAGGGUCAUAUGGACAGCCUACUAAUCCCUAUGGUGCUCCCCAACCUGGGCCCUAUGGGGCAGGUGGUCAUGGAGGCCACAUUCCCCCCGGUGUGGAUCCAGAAGCUUUCUCUUGGUUCCAGACUGUAGAUGCUGACCACAGUGGAUACAUCACAACCAAGGAGCUGAAACAGGCCCUUGUCAACUCCAAUUGGUCUGCUUUCAGCGAUGAUACUUGCUUGAUGAUGAUGAACAUGUUCGACAAAAGCAAAUCUGGCCGGAUAGACCUCUAUGGCUUUUCAGCCCUGUGGCGUUAUAUACAACAGUGGCGGAAUCUGUUCCAGCAGUUUGAUCGGGACCAGUCAGGAAACAUUAACUGUAACGAACUGCAUCAAGCUCUUUGCCAAAUGGGGUACAGUUUGAGCCCCCAGUUCGCCCAGCUGCUGGUGUCCCGUUACGCACAGAAGGGCUGCGCGCCUGGCAUCCAGCUGGACCGCUUCAUCCAGAUCUGCACUCUCCUCCAGAGCAUGACCGAAGCUUUCCGGGAGAAGGAUACCGGCAUGACAGGCAACGCGCGGAUCAGCUACGAAGACUUCCUCAUGAUGUCCGUUUCUCGUAUGCUGUGAAACCUUUCCUUCAGAAAAGAAAAAAAAAAAGGAAGGGGGUGACACUGAGGACCCUGCAUUGGACUGUUGGCUUUCCAGCAAGAUGGAGAAGGGAAGGUCCACCUUGUGCACAAGGGGUUGUGGAUGAAGGAAAUGGAAACCACCAUCAUUUAUUUCUGUGAAGCCGAUGCCUCAGUUCCACAAAUGGACUCUUUGACAUUGUUCUACAGUUGAUAGAUUUGGGUGUUAUGGAUUAUUGUUGCUUGUGAAACUCCUAAGGGAGGAAAUUGCUCACGCUAUCGGAUUUCCCCAGCGAGGUCCUUCCAGAUGCACUGGAAUUUAAUUCCCAGAAUCCUUCAGCCAGAUCGGUUGAAGAUUCUGUUUUGAGUUGAAGUCCAAAACAACUGGAGGCACCAGGUCAGGAAAAAGCAUCCCUAGGACACCUGAUGCCCUGUUCCCUAGAGUUUCCUCUUUGGCCCCAGGUAUAAAAUCAUAUAAACCUUCAGUUUAGGAUAAUCUUCCGGCUUCGGAGCAAGUAGCCCAGCAUAUCGAAUAAUAGCGCUUCCUUCUGAAUUUUCCACCUGCAUGUCGCUAUGAAUUUACACGGGUCUACCUUGAACAGUCCUGAAUUCCACAGCAGAAAGUGCUCCGUAAGGACAGACCGAGGCUUCUGUCCCUGGUGCUCAUUUCAAGUUUGCCAUUAGGAGGUAGCCAGCUCUCCACCCACCCAUCCAUCCUGCCAAAAUUUCUUUUUUGAGUGGGACAUUCCUGGUAAUUUUCAUCUCCAGGUGAUCCCUCUUGGCCACAGGUCCUCUUGCCAAUAAUUAAAUCAGGUGCAUUUUCUUGCCAAUGUAACUUUCAUAGUGGCCCAAAUCAUGGUUAACGAUGUGCCAGCCAGAGAUUUAUGAUUUAUACUUGAAUGCAAUAUACAAUAAACAGUCCCAAGCACUGUGA